CUUCAUGACCUCGAUGCAUCGUUCUUUUUAAAAUUUAUUGAUUUUUUUCGAAAAGAGUGGAAUCCUGAGAAUGCGUGCUCUUCCAGCUACUUAUGUAGAGGGUUUCCAUGAUUUAGAAGCUGUGAAAAAGAUGAAGUACCAGCCACUGGGCCGAACAGGAAUGGAUGUUUCCAAGUUGAGUUUUGGUAAGGUGGUAAGUGAAAGCUUCAACCAGAUGCAAAAAUGUUGAGAAACUCUGACGAAAAACCGGCCUUUCUGACUUCAAAUCGCCGCUAUUCACACAUCUGUGAGAUAUAGAACUCACGCCCUCCCUCCCCUUCAUCCAAAGCAGGAGCCCAUCAAUUGAUGAACUCCUGUUCAAAGCUGUUCUUCGCGAUCUUCCAAGUUUUGAGCAUCGUCUUGUGCGGCUAGCAACCUUGAUAGGGAGAGGAGAGGGGCUCACUAGUUUGUCAAUGUAGCUUCUCACUUCGGCCCGUUAGGGUAUUUUUUGGAAUCUGUAGAUGUAAGAGAAGCCUCCCUUCCCUUCCCCACACAUCACAUCACAUCACAUGAUCUGUUUUUGUUGCGACAUCCCUUCAAUGUCAUGAUGGAGAUAAGCUUACAGUGACAUGAUGGAAAAGAAAAAUGUGUGCAAGUGGAAGCACUGCAUGACAUGCCUGUAGCUGUGCCUUCUCUGAUGGAGAAAUUCCUACUAGACUUGGGUAUUAUUGUGCAUGUCGUGCAAAUAUCAGGGGGAGGGGAGGGGGGAGGGUAGUACUGCCAUACAUACAUACUACAUACAUACGGUCAUAUUUUUUAUUUGUUCGGCUAUAUAGGUAUGUGCCGCUGUGAAGGGUAUGGUUUUCAAGCAGUUUACUCUGGGAUAGGAUAUAUAAAUCAGAGAGUUUGGGUCUAGAAUAGGGUAUCAUUUUCCUGGAAACUGAUUAGUUGGUUGAAGAUUUUAGUCUUGAGAAUUGCCGCUCAAAAAUAUAAAAAUAUCAAAUCGGUUUUGUUUUGACUGGACUGUGCUAGUGACCCCAGUAGUUUCUGGAUAAUUAAGCUACUCUAGGAUAGUUUAGUCUAAUAUAGGGUAGCAAAAUUCACUUGAACUAGUUUUGUUAGACUAAGGAUUCCAGGGUCCCAGUGGCACAUCCCCACCCAAAAAUUCCUGAAGUACCCCCCUCACCCCGGGUACAAAAUGGAUUUGUACUUUUCAUUGACAUGUGGACAUUGACUUCUGCUUCCUUUUUUGCACUAGCUGUAAUUCAUUAAUCACAGUGUACAUGUAUGUUCAAUGUAUUUAAAUGCAAUUUUCUGAGUGUAACCGACUCAAUGAGAUGCAUAAUUUUAUUUGUCAUGUCAGGAGCAUCAUCACUUGGAAGUGUUUUUCGAGAAACCAAUGAGCUGGAAUCUAUUAAAGUUGUUCACCAUGCAAUAAAAAGUGGUAUCAACUAUAUUGACGUAGCUCCUUGGUAUGGGCAUGGUAAAGCUGAAACUGUCUUGGGAAAGGUAAAUAUUUAUAAUAUUAUUUUCCACACACUUUGUAUAAAAUAUGAUGUGACUAUUCCCACAAUUUUUGAAAAAAUAUUGAAAAAAAUAAAGAGGACACAUUCCAAACAAGUUGCUCAUUAAGUACAAAGAAUUUAGAACCUCUUGAUCCAAACACCUUAACUUCUUAUGUAACAAGAGUCACUCCUACAAGAUGCGACAUAGAGUUAAAUUGGGAGCUAGUGAAGAAGAAAAUUGAAAAAUCAUCAAACCUGAAUAAAGCUACUGGACCGGACCUGGUCUCACCCAAGGACCUUAAACUCCUUGGGGAAUCUUCUAUCCAUAGCCUGCUGCCAGUUUUCAAGAAAAGUAUAGAUGAUGUAGUUUUUCCAACAAACCGGAAACUCUCACGUGUUAAGCCAGUAUUUAAAAAGGGAGCACCCACUGAUAUGAGCAACUUCAGGCCCAUAUCUCUCUUAAGUAUCCCAGGAAAGAUUCUUGAAGACAUUAUAAGCAACAGCAUAGACAAUCACAUUGAAGCUCAGAACCUGCUUAGUGACAAUCAAUGGGGCUUUCGCAAGAAUCAUUCUACAGAGGGCCUCCUUCUUCAUCUUACUGACACUUGGAAGUGGGCCCUAGAUAAUAAUCUUAAAGUUGGUGUUCUGUUUAUUGACUUCAGGAAGGCCUUUGACUCGGUGAACCAUACCAUCCUAUUACAAAAAUUGAAAGCUGUUGGUGUAACAGGAAAUUUACUAUCUUGGAUGGGAAGCUACCUGUUAAAUCGUAACCAAUUUGUUCAAGUUAAUGAAGUGAAAUCAGACACUAGCUCUAUCAAGUUUGGAGUACCACAAGGGUCAAUCUUAGGACCCGAACUGUUCUCCCUUUAUGUCAAUGACUUUCCUGAAUCUGUAACCUCGGGAGAACUUUAUAUGUUUGCUGAUGAUACUACCAUAUUCACCAUAAGUGAUAAUAUUGAUACUAUAAUUAAGGCCAUGCAAGUUAUACUAGAUCAAGUUCUUAGUUGGUGUGGUGCUAACAGAUUGAUUGCUCAUGAAACUAAGUCAGAAGCCUUAUUAUUAUCUAAACAAAGAUUCAUUGGUCCAUUGUUGCCUUUGAAGUAUGGUGAAAAAUUUAUUGAAUUAAAAUCAUCAUGUAAAUGUCUAGGAGUAACUAUAGACAGUAAUCUUUCUUGGCAAGAACACACUAAAAGUCUGUUAAAAUCUUUUAAUAAGAAAAUAGCAGUCCUCAGCAGAAUUAAAUUCUUGCCAUCAUCCAUUCUACAGACCAUUUAUUUUAGGACUGUACUUCCAAGUGUCUUAUACGGAAUACUAGUAUGGGGUUCCUGCUCACCUGCACUAAUGGAUGAUCUUGAGCGUGCUCAUAUACGAGCUUCUAAACUUAUUUUUAAACUUUCAAGGAACUCGAAUGCUGAUCAAUUAAAUAAAUUGAAAGGCUGGAACAAUUUAUCAUUUUACUAUACUAAGAGAAUGUUAGUAGAAGUGUAUAAAUCCUACUAUAGAUGCAAUACCAAUGUUUUAAAUGAUCUAGUAAUGUUAAAACAAUCAUCUCACUGCCUGAGGAAAUCAAUGAAUAUUGAAUUUCCAAGUCCCAAAACAGAAAUUGGCAGGCUGACUUUUAAGCAUAGAGCUGCCAUUGCUUGGAACUCACUUUCUGAUUCGAUCAAAAAGUCUUCUAGCUUAGAAUGUUUUAAAAAAAGACUUAGAUCUAGCAAGGACUUAAUUAAUUCUAUAAGCUAUAAUAAGGAAUCUUCCAUGAUAAGAAAUAGGAAUGAGGAAUUUCUUUAUUAAUCUUAUUUAUAUUUGUAUUGUUAUUAUUAUUCAUUAUUUAACUUCUGUUGAUUUUCUAUUUAUUCACAUGUACAUACUUUAGUUUUUUUUUUAACAAGUAGAUAGGCAGGUCCACAUCAGGACUUCAGUCUUGCGUAUUCUGUAACCUGCGUUACCAAAUAAACUAUGUAUGUAUGUAUAUGUAUGUAUGUAUGUUAUAAAUCAUUCUAAUCAUUCCAGCUAAUAGUGGCAUGGUGUAAACUGGUCACAGUUUUUUUCCACUUCGGGGUUACACAGAAAAUAAACAUCAUUCUGAUUCUUUGAAUCAUCAGUUUUUUAACCAUAGAAUCCCACUUAUUACUGUAUUGUGCAUUUUUUGUUCCAUAUUGCAGGCCCUUAAAGAUGUGCCUCGUCACGCAUAUUACAUUGCCACAAAGGUAACAACUAACUAGCUGUUAAACUAGCAGCUGAAGAGUUGUAAUCCUUGGUGUAUGCAGGGAUAUUGCUAAGAGUUAACAGCCGGCUAAUUUGACUGGCUGACAAAGAGCUUAUGACCUCUUUAAAUUGCUCUGGAAGACAAAGACAUAUGGUGCAAUUUUGAAGGUGCAGUUGAGUGAAAAAGCUGGCUUGACUAAUAAAAGAAAAAUUGCUUAAUAGCUUUUACUUUUAGCUCAACUGUACAUUUCAGUGUGUGGUUUAUAAAAUUUGAAUGUUGAGCGUAAAUCUCAACUUUUCAAACUCAUCAAUAAUUUAUUGAGAAAAUACAAGGGAAAUUAAUGUUUAAUAGGUGUUCGGAAAACGGAUGAAAAACUGCUCUUUUUUGCAUCCCUAAUUUCUCCAGGUAAAAUCAUUUUGUUUGAGAAGUAAUAUUAAGUAUUCGACACAGUAUUUCACCACCAGAUGAAGAACCCCUCAAAGUUCAUCAGAAACACUCUGCUGCACAUCGUAUUUUCAACUCUCUUCUCAGUGUUUCAUCUGGUGUUGAAACACUACCUCUCAUGCUUGAUAUUUUUCAUCUUUAAUAUUGCUAGAUCCAAGCACCCUUGAAAUUACUGGUACAUGUAACUGAAAUAUAAAGAAGCCAAUGAUUGUGCCCAUUUUAAUCUUGGAGUUUAUAUAAAACAAAUGAAUGUUUUUUUUUAUUAAUUUUUUAUUGACACUUCUAACCUGCUCAGCUUUCUCUUUGUUUUAACCUGUUUGUAACUCAAAUGUUCUAAGUGCAACAGAGGGAAAAUAUCAGUGAAGCAAUGCUGCUGUGCCCUGCAGUUUUUUAAGAAAUCCAUUUUUGAAUUUAAAACAAUGAAAUCUGACCAUAAAAUGCCAAAGUGCAAAAUCACAGGAUGAUGAAAAAAUGGGCAAUAAAUCAUCUUCAUCCAUACAUUUAAGGAUUACUACAUUUCAUCUUGUAGGUUUGCCGAUAUGAACCUGAAGUUCAAAAGAUGUUUGAUUUUUCAGCUGAAAGAACUUUGCAAAGUGUGGAUGAAAGCUUAAGGCGUCUUGGACUUGAUUACAUUGAUGUCAUUCAGGUAAUUUAAAAAAGCCUUUUCUGAAGGAUGACGUAGCCAGCCAGUGAAAUAAUUUCGGUUGAUUGUAUUUUUCAUGGGAGUGACAAAUUGCCUUGUUUUUUUAACUUUCCCAUAUCCUGUGCCUGUCCCAAAAAAUUGUGCAAUUUUUAUUGGCUGCAACCUUGAAUCACGUGCAAGUAAAGUCAAAGAACCAAAAGAACGAGGAAGAGUAAUAAUUAAGAACAAGAGGUAUCACACACAAAAAAAUGACCAUGAAAGAAAGGAUCAGAACUUUGAAAACCAGGGGAAUUACAAAAUGCAUUGAAAGUGAUUAUAACCUGAAGAACCACAACAGCUGUGAAACCUACAUACAAACUACUUGUGGGAGGACUAGGGUGCCCAAAGAAAACAAAAGAAAUCCAAGAUCCAACUAAAAGGAAAUAUAAGAAUCAGAAAAAAAAACACCAAACUUUCUGACAUUAUCGACAUAUGUGGAGAUGGUGAUGUCAGCUGCUGUUACACUGGACAUGAGCUGUGAGGAAAUUGCCCUAUGAUAUCCUAAGCAAGGACAGUAAAUAACACAGUGAUAUAUAAUAACCUUACUUAAUCUUUAUCAUUUAGGUUCAUGACAUGGAGUUUGCACCUUCAUUGGAUAUCGUCAUCAAUGAAACUUUACCUGCCCUGCAGAAGGUACAUGUAACCUUUGUUCUUGAAGUGGCAAUAAUUUUAUCUUAAAUGCAUUGUCAUCACCCACCUCCAUGCAAAAGGAAUCCUAUCAUGCUGAUGAAGAGACUUCGUUUAAAAAUUAUUAAUUUUUGUAACGUUUUUGAUUAUUGCAAUUAUUCGGGGAAACUUCUUUCUUGAUCAAGCAGUUUUAAUAAUGAAAAAUUAAUCUUUUUUAUCGCUGGUCAUUGAAGGAUAGUGGUUAAGGCUUAUAGCAUGUGCACUGUGGCAAACUAAAUCACUGUCACAUGAAAGAGAACCUAAGAUAAAUUAUGGUUACCAGAAAUACUAUAUUGAUAUUGAUUUCUCUAGUUAAAGGACAGUGGCAAAGUAAAAUUUAUUGGAAUCACAGGUUACCCUUUGGAAAACUUUCGGUAAGUAGCUAUCAUUAUUAUUGAACAUAAUCAUUCAUCUUUUUUGGGGGAAAACUUUGUGGUUUUUCCUAAGAUAUAUGCAGCAUUGUACUCCUUGGAAAGUCGGCGGGGUUUGAAGCUUACCUUCUUGUAGUUCAUAAUUCGGAUUUGUAGCAUACAUUGCCGUAAAGCUGUCAAGUGGUGGACAGGUGCAGUUUUGAUACUGAACUGAUGUCUUGUUUCUUACCCUGGCCAGUUUCUGUCUUUAUUCCAAAAACAUUAGCUCCUGAGGAGAUGUUGAUUUUAUCUAAAAUUAAUGUAUUUUUUCCACCUCGUUCAGGGACGGGUUGGAGAGGACCCUGAGGUUGUAUUUUUUUUCUUGAUGCUUAUUUAUAAUGUAGUUGUUGAAUAAUUGCCUGACAUGAAAACUUUGCAUGUUUGGCAGUCUUUGUAAUACACCCAAAAGUUUACUUAUCAGUCCCAAAGUCACAUUGGGGCCAUUUAUAAGUAGGAAAAAUAAGACGUCUAUUUUACUUCAUUACUAUUGAUACAUCUUACUUUUAAAGCCCCAAGAAUGUUUAACUGGGGCAAGAGCUUAAUAAAAAGUGACUGAAGGUCUUAGGGAAUCAGUAUUUUAAAAGUAUUAGUUUUAAGAAAAGACAAACAAAGGUUAAAGGAAGAGCUAGAGUAGUGUUUAGGUUAUUUUUUGUUUUGGAUUGGAGGCAGUGAUUUUCAGGCAGUGAUUUUCUGACACGGAAAUUGAUUAAAAUAUUUUCCUGAUCAUUAUUUUAGGACUUUUAUUUUUUUGUUACAGGAAAAGGUGGGAGAAAAGGAGGGGCUAAAUACAGGGUUGUCAUUAAGAGCCGGGGGCCGGGGAUUUUCCCCGGCUACUAAGAGAGUGGCCCCCGGCUACUUUUAUUGGAAAAUAGAAGAAAAAUAGAACCAAAAGAAAUCCCUAGCCGUUUGAUUCCCCGCCUACUUGUUGUGUUUACCCGGCAACUUGAAAUCUUAGUGACAACCCUGUAAAUAACUUUUAAUAAUACCUGUAGGUGAUUAAUUAUAGGUAAUCAAGGCAUUAAUGAUACAGAUGUUUUUUUUUAAAAUUUUACAGAACAGUUCUGGAGAAAAGUGCAAUUCAUAUUGACACCGUGUUAACGUAUUGUCGCUGUACAAUGCAUGACACGGGAUUGCUGGAUUACAUGCAGUUUUUUGAAGUAAGAAUACAUUUUAGUAAUGAAAUGACCAUGUGUUUUAAAGCCUGGUUCCCAUAUGCUGCCGAGCUACCUGCCGAGCUACCUGCUACUGUUCCGAUAUGAGAAGAGAAGUGGCUCGCAACAAAUGCCAAGUGAGUCUUUACUGCCAGCAUACCUGUGAAGUUGACUUGAGUUUGACUUCGCAGGCAUGCUGGUGGUAAAGACCUGCGAUGUCUCUUGUUGCCGGCAGUGUUAUGUCCUAGUAUGUUGGAGUAGUAUUGCAGGCAGUACCAGCAGCUACAUCACAGGUAUUUUGGUGGCAUAUGAGAAGUUACCAGGCUUAAGAGUCACUUAACUAGGGGAAGUCGUGAAACUAAUAAUUAUUAUUGAAACAGUAGUGUCAUUGACAAAAUACACUAUGUGUAUGCUUUACAGUAGAAAAUUGUGUUGAUCCCCUGUACAUGUAACUUGCUAUUUGUUUGAGCAGUAUUAAAAGCAAUUGCAAAUAGUGAAGUUUUGAUGUAACUUCUGUUAAUAAGCACUUUCACAGAAAUUCCUUCAAUAAUUCUUUUACUGUUGUACAAGUAACAUUAAGAUGGAAGGAAAAGCACCCCAGAGAGCUUGCUCACAGGCUAAACAUUUAUUAUACCAAAAUAAUUUCAUUGUACUUAUACAGUACUUUUAUUUUGUAACAACAGAUGUUUUAGUAGGUUUUUUUUUCAAGUUGCAAAUGCAUCUUUGGGUUUGUCAAUAUGUUGACAUAAUUAUUGAAAAAAUAUGUUGGCAGUUUACAAUGUUGAGUGCUAUUCUUUUGUGGCUUAGGAGCACGGAGUAGGGGUUGUGAAUGCCUCUCCAAUAUCCAUGGGAUUGCUUUCUAGUCGUGGUCCACCUGCUUGGCAUCCAGCCAGUGAAACUCUUCGCAGUAAAUGCAAGGAAGCUGCAGAGUUUUGUCAGGUUUGUGAUACUAAGAUAAUAACAAAGAUUUUUGAGAUCUAGUUAUAAUUAUCAAUCUAAAAUCAGGGUUAAAAUAAAAACUUAAAUUCCAGCUUUUUCUUUGGGCAAGUAACUCUGACAUUUUGCUUGACUGGGGCCACUUUGUCCUCAUCUUCUAAAGUUAGCUAUUUUAUUACAGGAUGUUUUUUCUGCAUCUUCGCCCAUUGGGUAAUUAUGCUUUAAAAGUUACUUGCCUAGCAAGAAAAUCUACUUAGUUCAUACUGGACAAGCAGACAAACGUUUUUUUAUAGCUCUUUUAUAAUAAGUUUAUUUCUAUCACACCUAAUAGAUAACAAGACUCUUCAUUUAAUGACUUUAAUUUAUAAGUGACUCUCAAUUGAAUGUCAAAUUGUCCUUUUGUUUCACAAGCAAAUAUAAAACAAUCUGGAAGGAGAAUCUUGAAGUGUAUCGGAUGUUUUCGCCAGGAAAAGGCUUCCAGGGAACUUUUUAAAGCUCAACUAUUUUUUUGUUGCCUUUAAUCCUUUAAUAAAUAAUGUGUAAAACAUGAAGUGCUAUCUUAAAUUUAAACUUGUGAAAAAUCUUAAAAAAUCUUUUUUCGUCUUCAAAACAGAGAUUUCCCUCCAAAAAUGUCUGCCUCAUAGCGCGACCAAAUUAACAAGAGUUAUGUAGAAUGAUUUGUAAGAAUGUAGAGUAAAAUUAACAAGAUGGCGGCAAAUACAAAGGAUUGUUGUUGUCUACAACCCCUGGCUAGUCCUCAAUUUUAUACAAUAAUGAAUUUAAUGUCUUUCAGGCUGAAAAUGUUGAUAUCUCCAAACUUGCCCUUUAUUUUACCUUGGACGUAAACAAUAUUCCCACCACCCUUGUUAGUACUGCAAGCAUUGGAAACCUUCAAAAGAACAUUGAUGCAGUUAGCCAGAAGUUAACAGAUCCAGAAAGAACCCUUUUGGAGUACAUUAUGGACUUGUAUGUGACUUUUGACAAGCUUUAUAAUAUUUGGGGAUCAGUAUUUACAGUGAGACUAGGUACUAAAACCGGGGCCACCUAGACAAAGUUGACCAAUCAGAUGACAGGAAAAUAACAACAUUACAUUCCAAGAAAGUUAGUUGUCAAUCAUAAUUUCCACAAAAUGAAGUAAACAACAUGGAUUGAAAUCAACUAAUCACAACCUACAGACGUGACCUUUUGAACCCACCAAGAAAGCCCAUGUUUCCUGAGAGGUCCGCUAGAGUGAGUGACAGAGGCGAAAAUUUAAAUGUUAGGGUAAUAAGAUUUUGGGUAACACCUUAGUGGCACAAUUUACGCCUCCUGUAUAAACCCAACAUUUUGCCCUAUGAAGUUAGUGUAAACAUUGGGUUAGGGUGUGUAUGUAGGUGGGUAGGAAGUCUAGCAAAGACUUAAAAAAUAGAAUAUUUACCAGGAGUAGUACAUCCAUCCUCCAGCCAUUCACAGUUCACCAAUUUGAAAGAUUUGCCUAUUUUUUUUAACAAAGGGAAAAAAAGAGCCAUUCCCCCCAGUGACUUUUCCAGCAUUUUCCCACAACCUUUUGUUUAAUUAAGAACAUUUUCCUUUGCAGUUUUUUUAGAACAAGUGGCAAUCUUUCAUGGGAAGGUGUUGAAGUUAGAAAAUACUGGCAAAAGAUGAAACAACUCCAGCCUGAUAUGGUUCCAGAACAGCACCGAUGAGGAGAAAUUUUUAGGACUUUGAAUGUGGGAAAAUGUUUUCCUGGCUUGUUAAUCAGCCAGGUAUUGUUAAGAGGUAAUAAAGUGAGAGUUUGUCUACUAGGAAAGAAAGCAAAAAUGAGGGGAAAAAGGUAUUGAGAAUAGUCUAGCUUUCAUUUGAAUGGUCACCCCACAGACCUUUGACAAAUGUGCACAUGUACAAACUCAAAUGUAAGAAUCACAGUCAUGUACAUGCAUGUCUUUAAAGGCAUUUACCAGUAUAGACAAUAUUAAAAGAUUUCAAGAAUUUUAUUAAAAAAGGCAUCUCAGUACUGUUCAAUGGUACCUAGAUCAAUAAAUAACUUUUAAAUUAUUUAAAUAAAUUAUACCUAACAUUGUUUAUGGAGAUAUUGUACUCAAUGAAUUGUUUUGCUCAGCUGGUGCAGAAGCCCUCACCUGAGUAAGUACAUGUAAGACAGGUCUAAAAAACACUGCAUGUACAGCAAAAUCACAUCUGCUAGCAGAGUAACACAUGUAGUUAUGUAGAAAAGAACUACCAGUAUUAAAUGUGACUCUUUGUGUAGUCAUGUGGGUUAGCAGGCAUGCAUACUGUCCAAAGUCCUUAGAUUCAGCAAACAGAGAAGUGCAUGAAGCCC